CUAGGGUUAGGGUUAGGGUUAGGGUUGUGGAUUUUUGGCGUUCGUUCGUUUUCUGUUGAAUUUGAUUGGUUUGGGAGCUAUAGCUAGAUUUAAAUAUGUGAAAUGUCUUUAAUUGUAGACAGUAGUAGACUAAUUUCUUGAGUUCCAAAGAGUAAUGGUUUGCUUUAAGUUAGCGUUGUGGUUUAAUUUUGGGAUGGCAUAAUGGGUCAUUUCGAGGAUUAGGAGGCAUACAACUAGAGUUUCUUGGAUGAACAUACAAGCAAAAUGGGGGGAAAAAGGGAGAUCACCCAUUCAGAUGGCAUCAAAUUUUAAGUCGUUAUGGAAUAGUUACUAGAAAUAUUUACACGGAUUUUAAAGGGUUUAGAAGUGAAUCCUCCACCUGGUUAUUAUUAGAGUUUGAAGACAAAAAUAUAGAAUCAAGACUAAUGUCACUUGAGCCUUGUGAGACAAAGAAUGCCGUUAACAUAGUGGACUGCAGAAAAAGAACUGAUGAGCGGGCCCUUGAGAAAGAGGAAGAAGAUUACUUCAACGAGGAAGCGAUGAAGAAGACUCUGCUUCUGCUCAUACUCAGAACCAUGGAGCUAGAGAACAAAAACUCUAAAGAAAAGGCUCAGGUGGCUUAUGAAAGGAGGAAGCAGCUUGCAAAGCUCAGGCUGAAGGCUGGAAAGGUUGCUGAUGAGAAGCUUGGUUCCCAGCUAGAUGUUCUCGCUCCCUUGAAGUACUGAGAAAGUUAAUGGUUCGAGUUUUAGCUAAGGAAAACAAAGAAAGCACCAGGGGAUAUUCCUGUUAUUUAACUUUGCUCUCUUUUAAUAUUCUCCCAGUAGGUGCUUUUAAUAUUCUCCCACUAUUGUACCUUUAUCUCAGCCUGGUUCUGUUGGUGGGUUUUUGCUGUGUUAUGAAUUCCCACGCUACAU